CCACCUUAGUGCCCACGCCCUCGCCUGUGCACCCCUCACGCCAAGCCUCUCACUCCCGCCCGCUCCUCCUUCCCACCCCGCCUCACCCGGGAUGGCGCCGGGGGAGGUGCGGCUGGUGGUGACGUUUGAGGACGGCUCCUUCCGUCGCUUCUCCAAGAGCGUCGUGAAGGACUUCCGCAAGCUGCCGCUGGACGCGUUCGAGGAGCGUCACGGCCUCCAGUGCUGGCGGUCCGAGGGCAAGAUCGGCCGCGGCGGCUACGGCCUCGUGCACGUGGGGCUGUUGCAGCGGCCCGACGGCACCACACGGCCCGUUGCUGCCAAGCUGUUCCUGGGCGGACUCACCAAGGCCAAGGAGCAGCUGAACAGGGAGGUCGGCGCGGCGAUGAAGCUGAAGCAGGCCUGCGCCACCGCCUCUUCCUCCUCCUCUUCCUCCUCCUCUUCUUCCUCCUCGCAUGAGCAGCCGUUGCCGCUGCUGGCGGCGGCUGAGCAGAGCCCGUUUGUGCAGCUGCUGUGCCACGGCGGCCGACCCGGGCAGCUGCCCAUGAUGGUGAUGGAGCUGGCGAAGGGCUGCGUGGCUUGCGAACUGGAGGAUGCCACUGAAAAGCGCGACGAGAUCUGGGCUCAGAUGGAGGCCACACAGCAGCAGGCAGAUGCAGCCGCCGCUGCCAACACCGACGUCGCCAGCAUGCCUGACAACGUCACCAGGGCGCGGCCGGCGGCGCCGCCGGGCUCUGGCGUCCUGCCGGCCCCUCGGCCGCCGCCGCCGCCGCCCGGCUUUGAGCCCCUGCCGGUGGCGAGCCCUCGCCCGUGCCCACCGCCGCCGGGCUUUCACGCACUGCCGGCGGCCCCUCGCCCCCCGCUGCCACCGCCUGGCUUCGCACCACUACUGGCCUCGCCGCCCGUGCCUGCGUCGGCGCCGGCCUCGGCUGCUACUUCUGCUGCUGAAGACCCGCUUCUGCCGUCUGUGCGUGUGGCCCGUGCUCCGCCGGGCUUCCCAGUGCCUGGCACUGCCAGUGCUCCCCGCUGCCGCGACGUGUGGGAGGACGUGGCGCUGCUGCCGCUGAAGCAGGUGCUGGCCAUCCUGGUGUCUCUGGCGGCCGCGAUCAAGGCCAUGCACCGCGUGGGACUCGUGCACAACGACGUCAAGCCUGCCAACAUGCUCCACCGCGCUGACGACACCUACUGCCUGGCUGACUUUGGUCUGGCUGAGCAGCUGAGCCCCGCCGACCCCACUGGCACCUUCGUCUUCGAGAUGGCCUGCGGCACCCGCCACUACAUGGCACCCGAGGUGCAGAGCAACGUGCCACUGACGGCCGCUGUGGACGUGUACUCGUUCGGCAUCACGGCCCUGUGCGUGGCUGUGACCGGCAGCAACAGCGCCGCGGCCGACUGGUUUGCGCAGCAGAGCUGGUGGCCGGCCGGCGACGCGCCGGCUGCUGCCCGUGCCUUCCCGGCCGGCAUCUUCCCUUCCUACCUGCCUCUGUCACUGGAGCUGCUGCUGCUCGACUGCGUGGCGUGGGAUCCGCAGGAGCGGCCCACUGCGGAGCAGGUGGUGCAGCGGCUGGCCGCGAUCUGGGAGGAGGUCGUUGUGUGCGGCUACUGAUGACGCUACAUGCAACGUGCUGCUAGCGGUGCUUGGUAUUGGUGGCUUGCGUUUUCGCGCCCAAGGGCGCCCAUAGGCUGUCGGGCAGGGCUGUUCAGAGGCUCGAGAGAGGGCAAACCUGAGAUGGUUUCAUUGGCAGGGCCGCAGCGCAUGCUGCCAAGGAGAGUAGGGCUUGCUCGCUAGCUCGCUUACUAGCUAUCGUGCCGCGCCAAGCAGGCGUGCGGCCGGCAUCAGUGUGUGCGUUUGCUUGUGUGCUUGCGGGCCGAGACAGCCCCAGGAGUGCCGCAGCUAGCUCCGAGUGCGCGUCAGCGGCAGGACUGGAACACUACCUACCGCUUAGGAUGGAGCAAGCGGCCUAGGGCGUGGAAGUUCUUUCAUAGGGCGUACAAACUAAUUCAUUAUACAUGCGCUGCAGAUAUUCAUACUGCUACUGCGAGGGGAGGCACUCUGCGUGCCCGUGAGCGUGCGUGUCAUCACUAGACGUGGUUUGGGUCGAACGCUGUCUGCCUAGCAUUGCUCUUUCACACAACUCGUGCAUUGGCUUCUCUUUCGGGUGUUUUUGGACAUUUAGGACCCUGUACAUGGAUUGAUCUGUAUCUUUUAGACGCUUCGGCUUUAGGCUUUAGUCUGCUAGUGUUGAAUACGGGCGGUGGGCGGUUGACAGACCGGCACGCAGGUGAACACAACACACAACUGACUAGGCGGGCAAAUGCCUGACGCGGCGUCGCUGAACCAAGCGUCUUUGGCUCGUUGGCUACCGUUUUACUAUUAGAUUGCUUUGACCUGCUUGUGUCAGCCGAUAUUGUCUUGUGCAAAGCGCUGGCUGCAUUGAUUCAUGCAGCUUGGCCAGGUGUACGGUAAUGAGGACUAGCUGCGAGGCGGUGUGACCGUGGGUGUGACGGCGGGUAGCGAACGGCUUCAUAGCUGCAGCGGCUGACGGUGCGGCGGGGGCUGGAGCGUGUGCACGGCUAGUUAGGCCUCGUGACUAGGACGAGUAGGGAUGGGCACAGGACUGGCACACUGGAUGAAGGGGCACGGCCUGUGCAUUGCAGGUCAUCACCCCUGGGUAAGGACACUGGAUGAGAGGAUGAGACGGGGCAGGGCUGGAGCCCAGUGAAGCAUACGCACGGAUUGACACCAAAAGAUGACUUCUUUCCUAAUCAAGGCCGGUGGGGCCAUAGCUUCAUGCAUCGGCGUGCGUGCAUGCACUUGUAACAACUAUGGGC